AUGCCACUCAUUUAUCAUUCUUUGCUUAAUGUUUCUUUUCAUUUUCUCAUUCUCCCACAUUCACCCCAUUUCUCUCUCUCUCUCUCUUCUCAGCCCCAUUCUCUCUCUCUCUCUCUCUUCUCCAGCCCCAUUUCUCUCUCUCUCUCUCUUCUCCAGCCCCAUUUCUCUCUCUCUCUCUUCUCCAGCCCCAUUUCUCUCUCUCUCUCUUCUCAGCCCAUUUCUCUCUCUCUCUUCUCCAGCCCCAUUUCUCUCUCUCUCUUCUCAGCCCCAUUUCUCUCUCUCUCUCUCUCUUCUCAGCCCCAUUCUCUCUCUCUCUCUCUUCUCUCAGCCCCAUUUCUCUCUCUCUCUUCUCUCUCUCUCUUCUCAGCCCUCUCUCUCUUCCCCAGCCCCAUUCUCUCUCUCUCUCUUCUCAGCCCCAUUUCUCUCUCUCUCUCCCCAGCCCCAUUUCUCUCUCUCUCUCUUCCCCAGCCCCAUUUCUCUCUCUCUCUCUUCCCCAGCCCCAUUUCUCUCUCUCUCUCUUCUCCAGCCCCAUUCUCUCUCUUCUCUUUCUCUCUCCCCUCAGCCCCAUUCUCUCUCUCUCUCUCAGCCCCAUUUCUCUCUCUCUCUUCUCCAGCCCCAUUUCUCUCUCUCUCUUCUCCAGCCCCAUUUCUCUUUCUUCUUCACCCCCUUCUCUCUUUCUUCUUCACCCCCUUCUCUCUUCUACGCUCUUUCCUCCUUCCCCCUCUCUCCAAACUCGUUCUUCUCUUUUCUAUUCUCUUUCUGUCCUCAACAUUAAAUUCCUCAUCUUUUUUCUUUUUUAAACAAAAACAACAAUGGGGGGGUAAUGAUAUAAUUCUCAUAUGA